CAUCUAUUUUUCCUCCAUUGAUUUUUAUUGGUCUACAAACAGAAUGCAAGCUCGCUUUGUAUGACAAACAAAGUCUUGUCAUUAAAAUAAUAUUUGUCCAUUUUAGAAAAAUGUCCGUGCGAUUUAGUCAAAAUUUUAGCACGGCCGUCUCCACCUUCCGAUCCUCUGUUUUCACCUGCUCUGGGAAUUCACAUUGACAAAUUCCCCGAUAAAUUCGAGAUCUCGAAGCCCUCUCGCUUUACAAAACAACCUCUCAUUGUUUUGCAAUGGCGACAGUGAGUGGCUUCGUGAGCUCUCUUUCACUUAAUAAUUUCUCCGAGCAGAAAUUGAAAGUGGAGGUUUGGAAAUAUCCCCGCAGCAUUCAGAAAUUUUCUCUUUGUUAUUCUUCUUCGCAAACGCGAUUUUUUGAUAAUCUGAGGAUUAGGAAAGUGAUUCCUGAAAAGCAAUUGUUCGUAUCAAACCCUAGAUGUGAGGCCGGUUCCAACCCUAAAAUUGAAGCCAAGCGAUCCAGUGUUUCAGCUUUGGAGCUUCUGAAGACAUCUGCUGCCGAUCGAUAUACAAAGGAAACGAGCAGUAUUGUGGUUGUAGGGCUUAACUUCCGUACGGCACCAAUUGAGGUACGUGAGAAACUUUCUAUACCGGAAGCUCAAUGGCCCCAAGCAAUUGGUGAACUGUGUGCUCUAAAUCAUAUAGAGGAAGCUGCUGUUCUUAGUACUUGCAACAGAAUGGAAAUAUACGUUGUGGCUUUGUCACAGCAUCGUGGGGUUAAAGAAGUGACUGAAUGGAUGUCUAAGGUACCAACAUGUUCCCUCAUUUUUAUGUACACAUAAGAAGAAAAAGUAAUUAGACAUUAAUAGUAGAACAAUAGAAAUUUAUUUUGAUAUAAUAGUUUUGCGCUUUCUUUAGUUCAGCCUCGUUUUGUCCAUCAAUCUUAUGUUGGCUUCGAUAACUACUAGUUGGAUUUACCAUGAAAGGAGGAUUU